UGGGACAGAGCUGGUUUUUAAAAGCUGCGGCUCAACAACAUGUAGGGAUAAAAGGCCAGAAACGCGAGUGCCGUCAAAUGCGGAUUACAUUUCAUCUGAUUUGAGCGCUCUGGACCUAAGGAGUUCGUCAAAACUCGAGAGUAUUCGGAAGAAUAGAGAUCAAAUACUGUUCCUCGUGUCAUCUCUAAAGUUAAGGAGCGAAUACAAGGAUAGUGUUGUUUGAGUGAUUUUUACUCAGCGAAACCAGUCGGGAGGUCCGAAUUUGAAGUUCAUCAUCAGCAGACAAGAUGCAUCGUUGUACAACAGCAGCGUUGCUUUUGUUAAUUAUUGCUUUAUAUUCCCUCCAAGCAGAAGCCUACAAGUGCAGGUGCACAAGAAAAGGGCCAAAGAUUCGCUACAAGGAUGUGCAAAAGCUGGAGAUUAAACCCAAACAUCCUUUCUGCCAAGAGAAGAUGAUAUUUGUCACCAUGGAGAAUGUGUCACGCUUCAAGGGGCAGGAGUACUGUCUGCACCCCAAACUGCAGAGCACCAAAAACCUGGUCAAGUGGUUCCGGAUCUGGAAGGAUAAGCAUAGGGUGUAUGAAGCUUAACAUAUAGAUUAUGUAUACAAAGGGAACAAGUGAAAAAAAAAACAUUAAGACUGUUUUUGUGAAGAACAAGACAUUAUCUCMCAGCAAUCAGUACUUGGUCUUGGAGUGAGAUUUAUCAAGCAGUGAUGUCUAGUUUUCUGGUGCCGUUUAAGUUGGCCAUCAGGCUAAUUAUUGUUACUCACUUAAGUCAUUUCAACUGUAAUAAUGGUCAUAUUUCUCCAAUGCCAACGUUCAAGGCUGUGAAAGAUGAUACAGGAGGAAAUGCUGUGAAAGAGGUCCUUCAUGAAUCUGGCCCAAGGUGUUUUUCUUUCGAAUAGGAGAUGUUUUGUAUGCCCUUGAAUCAUUUGUUUAUUCUGGUGACUACAGUAUGUGGAUGUCUUGUAAGAUGAAAGGAACAUAAGGUUCUUGUUAUUGUACCAACUGGGAGUAAUCCUGCUGUAUCUUGCUGUGCACUCCAGAAGUGUCAAACAUAGCACACUGUAUCUAGCGAAUGUGAUGAAGAUAAUUAUUUAAAAACAACUCUAUGUAUAUCAUUCAUUUUGUACAUUUGAGUCCAUUCAAAGAGAAUAGUGUACAAGAGAAAGAAACACAUUCAGAUGACUAGGUCAAUGUCAUUUUAGAUGUCCUUGGUGCCAUUCCCUUUCCAUUAUGCAAUAAAUCAGUUGUAGGUUAUUAUGAGGGGUAUGUAAAGUCAGCCUGUUAAUUUAGAUCUUGUAAGACAUAUAUUUUCUGUACCUGGUAGGAACUAUUGUAAACAGCUAUUGUAUAAUAAAUUGUCCAUUUGUCGUA